CGAUAUUUGAAUCGUUUUACAAGCGAAUAAAUGGUAACUAAACAAAAACCUAAUUUCUUCUGUAUGUACUUAGAUUAAGAAACGGUCUCGACAUGCAGCAGUGCCGUCCGUUCAGCUAUAUAUUAGCCGGUUUGGGCCUGCUUGUCCAGGUGGCACGUGGUUUCCAGGCACUAGGUAUUGGUCCGACCAAUCGGCCAGUAGGCAGUCCGUACAGUCGGCCGCAGGCAUCCUACCGGACGCUGAGUUAUCCCGGAUACGAGCGCUGUCAGUAUGGAGUAAAUGUACCGAAUAUCAUUCGCGGACAACUUACGAACGUUGAAGACUUGAUGGGCAUAUGGUAUGGCGCACUCGCAUACCCUGACUACGCUGUUAUCACGGAGAACUACCAAACGGAGUUCGUAUCGUACGGAAAAACACAUCUUCCCGGGACCAACACACCAGCUUAUGCCGUAUCCAGAACGGAAUCGUAUUUCAACGUCACCAGUACGAGCAUCACGGGAUGCAUCGACAGCUUCGCGGCUACGUAUGUCACGGUCGACGGACGGCAGAUUGGUACCGCCUACGUUCUGGGAACUGAUCCAGCUGACCCAACUUCUUACAUUGUUGUAAGCACCGAACUGAUAAUUGUCUACACGGACUACGGGACUAUGUGUCUGAUCUAUCAGUGCGGUCAACGGAAUGAAGAUAGCGGCCAUUGUGAUUCCCCUCUGUUUUAUGUUCUGACAAAAACCCGUCCGGACCAGUUAACGAGAAAAACGAAGGAAUAUAUUGAUACUGUCAUCAACGGCGAGCUGCGCCCAUACUGCAUUCGUGCCACGGAUUUCACGGAGCUCACCUGGAAUACCGCGCAUGCCGCCUGCCCGGCAGCGACGGCACCUGACUGCUACAUACAACUGAUGGACUCCAUCAAGGACACAGUCACGUAUUAAAAAUUCAUGAGCUCCAUGCUUUUGCUACAUUCGAUAUCGUAUGUUCCGUAGCCGGCUGCAUGUUGCGUACGUUACAACACCUGCUGGAAACGUUUACCUAUGUCAUAAGAAGCAAAGUUCAUGCUGCCAUUAAAUGUAGGAUAACUCUGUUCCCAGAACAUAUGUUUUCCACUCCUGCCACUUCAAUUGUCAUGUGAGCUGAUUUUGCGAUGCCUGAAAUUAAAUUAAGCAUCGUAUUUAAAGUUAUUCCGAACUCUUACUGAUUUCUA